AUGGGAGGGCCAUACGCCCCUAAAACUGCCGCACUUGGCGGUCGUCCAACAAAGGACCUUGAUGUCCCCAUCUGCGCUGUCUUUCUCUUCCUCUUCGCCGCCGCCGGCGCUGGCCACAUGACUAUCUUCCAACGCAACAGAAAACGAGGCCACAAAUUCAUUCCUUCGGCCGUGUCAUUCGGCUUCUGCAUGUCCCGCAUAGGCGCAAAUGUCAUCCGCAUCGUCUGGGCCUGCUACCCAACCAACGUCUCGCUCGCGAUCGCAGCCCAGAUCUUCGUCGCGGCGGGUGUGCUCCUUCUUUUCGUUCUCAAUUUGAUAUACACGCAGCGUAUGCUUCGCGCCGCAUUUCCCGCUUUCGGCUGGUCUCGUCCAUUGUCAUGGACGUUUAAAGCCCUCUAUUUGAUCGUGAUCAUCACAAUCGUCAUGGUGAUCACGGUCGUCAUCCAAAGCAUGUACACGCUCAACGCCAACACGCACCGUAUCGAUCGCGAUAUCCAGCUCUACGGAUUAACCUACUUCGCUGUCGUCUCGUUCCUGCCUAUCCCCAUAGUCCUUGCGAUUCUCAUCCUCACCCGCUUCCGCUACGUCGAGCACCCCGGAACCGGGUCAUGGUAUACACGGGCCUUCAUCAUCUUACUCGCCGGCUGCCUCCUUUGUCUCGGUGCCUCGUUCCGCGCAGGCACAUCCUGGAUGAACCCUCGUCCCGUCACGGAUCCGGCAUGGUACCAGUCCAAGGCGUGUUUCUACAUCUUCAAUUUUGCUAUUGACUGGACCGUUGUCAUGAUCUUUUUGGUUUCGCGGAAGGAUAAGCGCAUGUGGGUUCCGAAUGGAAGCAGCAAAGUGCGACACUACCGUAUCGGGGAUGUUGCCGAGAGCGAGAAGCACGGGGCGGAGGCAUCUCCUGAGCAGAGCCAGAUUAUUGUUUCUGCUUGGAACCAGCAGGAGGAGAAGGACGGAAAGGCGCUUGCAUAA